AACAAAGAUCCAGUCUUGUACUGGAAUGCACACAUUCUAGAUCCGGAAAUACUUGUUUCCCUUCCAAAGCCUUGGCCCAGAUUCCUUUCAUCGUCUUUAUCAAUUGGCUGCCCUCGAGGCCGGGGUCAUAAUAGAUUAUUGUAAUCAAUCUAGGCUGUUGAUUAUUUGUUUUCAGAUCUUCAAGCUUCGCAUCGACUCGGACGUCUUCGUCAGUGCUGUAUUACCUCGACAGGGACGCUACUGUUCCAGACACGACACGGCCUUUUUGCUUCAUGUUACUGGGUUCAACCAACGACACCAUCGACCAGUCCGGACACAUGACAUGGUCAAGCCACCCAUAACUUGCUAUCGAUCCAGUCUAGCAGCGCUCCAAAUCAGCAGUCUAUCUCUCGCGCUUCAAGUUACUUUCGACAACGACAUUUUAUUCUUUUGAAAUUAAUUUAAUUAACCACCCAAUCGGCUUUCUUUGGGGGCGGCCGACGUCCCCCAAAACCUCCUGCUCCGAUGCCACCUCUGUACUCCAGGGGACAAGCACAAGCCCGCGACUCCCUCGAACUCGCCUCCCUAGCUAGCUCCAGUCAGCUUGGCGAAGACACCGCUGACACCGAUUCUCGACCAAGUAUAUCCUCCUCCCGCAAAGCCUCACUUGAGCGCGAUGACCCUCUCGACUCCCACAACCCCGCCGCCUCGGUCAGUCGUCCGACCCGCCAUGACCGCUCAUUCUCCGUUUCCUCGGGUUUCGACCUUGCCGCAAAUCUCUUCCCCCUCUCUUCUACGGCUGGCGGCUCAGGAUACGCGCCAUUAGGCGCCUCGACAGCCCCCGGCCAGCCUGGCGCCGCUGGAUUGGGCGGCGGCUCGCUCGAGAAACACAAGACGCUCACAUACCUCAAUGGACUCUCGCUCAUUGUCGGCCUUAUCAUCGGCUCCGGCAUCUUCUCGUCGCCCAGCCAGGUCAACGCAAACGUGGGCUCGCCUGGCGCAUCCCUCAUUGUAUGGGUGUUAGCGGGCGUGUUAGCGUGGACGGGGGCUGCUAGUUACGCGGAGCUUGGUGGCGCUAUUCCCCUCAAUGGCGGGCCGCAGGUCUACCUCGCCAAGAUCAUGGGGGAGCUUUCCGGAUUUUUGUUUGCCUGGGUCGCCGUGCUGGUGCUGAAGCCUGGCAGCGCUGCCAUCGUGUCCAUCAUCAUGGGCGAGUAUCUGGUGCGAGCCUUUAUUGGCGCCGAGGCGGAGACGAUCAACCCCUGGGUCAACAAGUCUGUCGCACUUGUCGGCCUGUUCGUUGUUACGUUUCUUAACUGUGUGUCAACGCGGCUGGGAAUGCGAUUAAACGAUUUGCUGAUGUUCUUGAAGUUUAUUGCUCUGAUUGGCGUCACUAUUAUUGGCAUUGUGGUCGCAACAACGGGCUUGACAUAUUCAGGGGAGCCGAACAUGGAUUGGAAGAAUCGCGCAUGGUUCGAGGGCACCAAGGCAGACACGGCAGGAUGGGCUGUGGCCUUGUAUGCCGGUCUGUGGGCUUAUGAUGGGUGGGAUAAUACCAACUACGUGGUUGGAGAAUUUCGCAACCCUACGAAAGACCUGCCCAGGGUCAUACACACGGCGAUGCCACUGGUCAUUAUUUCCUACGUUCUCGCCAACGUCUCGUACUUCUUGGUUCUCCCGCUUGCGACGAUCAACUCCAGCAACACAGUUGCCGUGAUGUUCGGCGCUAAAGUCUUUGGCCCGAUCGGUUCCCUAAUCCUGGCGCUCAUCGUGAGCGCGUCAUGCUUUGGCUCGCUCAACAGCUCUACCUUCACCAGCAGCCGUCUUGUCUAUGUUGCUGGUCGGGAAGGAUAUUUCCCAUCGUUCUUGGGCAGGAUUGGAAUAGGCAGCACAGGCGAGCCAACUUCGAUUACAACAAACAGGACGAAAAGCUGGUUCAGCAAGAUGCUAUCUAAGCUUGUGGCCGACGAGGAGACUGGCUUGUUCUUCACCCCGGUGUGGGCGCUCAUUGUCAACGCGCUUCUUACUGCAGCCUAUGUGGUUGUGGGCGAGUUCGGCACUCUGGUGACGUUCUACGGCGUGGCAGGGUACACGUUCUACUUCUUAACGGUGCUCGGGCUCAUCAUCUUGCGGGUCAAGGAGCCACAGCUGGAACGACCGUACAAGGCCUGGAUCACGACCCCCGUCAUCUUCUGCUGUGUCAGUUUGUUUCUGCUCAGCCGAGCAGUUUUUGCACAGCCUCUGCAGACCUUGAUCGUGGUGGCGUUUGUGGUAGCGGGCAUACCAGUAUAUUUUUUGCGCGUCAGGGGCAGAGACAAGGUGACCAAGAGGGAAGCACCGGGAGAGUCGCGCUGGAAGUUUUGGAAACGAUGGUCAAGGUGAUGGAUGUCACGUGAAAAGGAUAUACCCAUUUUCAGACGGCAGUAGCAUGAUUAGUUCUGGGACUUGUACAAUAACGAGGAUAGACAUUGCCCAAGCUGUAGUAGUGGCUGCUGGGUCGAGCCACGUGGAUGGACAUAUAAUGAAAGAGUUUGAGAUGUGUAACUAUUAUGGGCAGCUAUAAAAAUGGCCGUGAUUAGCAACGAAGAACCAGGG